CAAAUGAAAUAUACACUUUAAAAAGUUGCUUUUCUGUCUUAAUUAAUUUUUUAAUUUUUGACGUAAAUGACAAUUAAAUUACUAUGUGUAGUUUGUUUCUCUGCGUAUAAUUUUUAAUGCGCGUCAAACAUUAAAAAUCUUAUUCUUAUCAGUUCUUAACAAUUCAAGUAGAAAAUAUAAGAGAUUUAAUUUAUAUGAGAAGAAAAAAUCGUCUGUUUGUCUACAUGACAUUUAGUUAGGAUAAGGAUGACAGUUUUGCAUAAAUCAAGAGGUUAUAUCCUUGAACAUUAUAUAAAUUUAUGCUGUUACUGUGCAAAGUAGCAAUGAUGAAAGAGUACAAAGUUUGCCCAAAUCAUCCAAAUACGAGAACACUUUGGAAACGGGACGGAUCGAAUAAUUAUGGUCGGUUCAAAGUCUGCAACACGAAUAAUCGGGCAACUCAUUUAUGUGAUCAUGUCAAUGAGUUUCAUUUUGUUCGGCAUACGCGGCAGAACAGUGAGAGAAACAUGGCAACACGUCAAACUUUUAAGAUAGAGACGUUUUCAAGACGUUUUGGCAACUAUGCUUUUUUUUACAUUUUUUACAUUGGUAACUCAUCCAUUUCUGCGCUUGAUAUUGAAAGUAUGGAAUAUAAAAUUAUAGCCUGCUCUUACACGUGUUAACAUGUCAAAUGACAUGAACAACGCGAUGUGAUUGUUAUUUGUUUUCAACUGAUUUAUAUGUUUAAUGUUUAAUGUGUAAUUAUUAAUUUAUUAAUUAUUUAUUACGACUAAAAUAAAAUAAAUAUUUAUUUCUUACUUACAUAGCAGUUAUUACAAAAUAUGUUUGAAAUGAUAACCAUUGAUAUCUAAAUAUUUUUAUAUUUUAUAAUUUUUAAAAAAAUGUUUUAUAUUACUUUAAUCUUUAAUCUUACUUAUACUUACUAAUAUUACUUAUACUUUAAUCUUAAAUCUUUUAUGUUACUUAACAUCAUGCAGUGUACAUUCUUGACAAUUCGUUUACGUAUGUUUUCAGCGAUUGUUGGUCCAUGAAUGUAGAUUAUUUUUUAGAAUUGGCUACAAAGAAAAGAAGACUUAAUUUGUUCAAAUCUGGUGAAUGGGUUGGCAAAUGAAUUGGUUCACCCUCGAGAGGGAAAACGUUAG